AUGAACAGAUGCAAAACAGUUGAAUCGGAACCUGAAAGGAUAGUUGACGGUGAUAGGGAGGAGAGAGGUGGCAGCCGGAGAGUGUUGGCGGGGAAUACGCCGUCGAGAACCCCACAGGAGCAUUUUCAGGGCCCAGUCAACGCCAAGUCAUCAAGCCGGAGGGACUCCGGUCCGAGAACAACGGUUCCACAUAGGCCCCUGUCCGUGUGCGGUUUCUGGUGUGGGGUUGGGCUGUUCCUGUUUAAUCGAGUGAUUUUCGAGCUUCAAGUUGAUACAAUGGUGAGAAAGAGGCGUACCGAUCUUCCUGGCACUGGCGGCGAGAGCUCAGAAUCUCAGGAGACCGGCGCAGGACGAGGCGGGCCCCAGCGCCCACCAGCCCAGCAUCAGCUUCCACAGGUCCAACAGGCCUAUCAGCAGCAAGGAGGAGGGAGAGGCUCGGCCGGGCCCCACCGUGGAGGAUAUGGUGGCCGUGGUGGAGGUGGCCGGGGGCCCUCGCAGCAGCCAUACUAUGGCGGGCCCCACGACUACUACCAGCAGGGACCGCACGAUCAAGGUCAGGGUCGGGGUAGGGGUAGGGGCGGCCCUCAAUACCAGCGAGGGGGCCCACAGGGCCGCGGUGCCUAUGCAGGCAGUCGAGAGGGUUCAUCCAGUGGUGGGCAGUCUAGGCCACCAGCUCCCGAGCUGUACCAAGCUACACAGUCUCCAUAUCAAUCCCCAUCGAUUCAGCCUGGUGGGCCGGGCUCCUCUUCUUCAUCCUUUUCAAAGGCAUCACCACCAGAGCCGACCCAAGUGGAGGUGGCUGAGCAAAUGCAGCAGCUUUCCGUGCAGGAAAUGGCCCCAAUCCAAGAAAUUCCACCUGCUUCGAGCAAGUCGAUGAGAUUUCCCUUAAGGCCUGGCAAGGGAAGCUUUGGUAUCAGGUGCAUUGUGAAAGCCAACCACUUUUUCGCUGAGCUGCCUGACAAGGACUUGCAUCAAUAUGAUGUAACAAUUACCCCUGAAGUCACGUCACGUGGAGUUAAUCGUGCUGUGAUGGAACAACUUGUGAAGCUGUACAAGGAGUCUCAUCUGGGAAAGAGGCUGCCUGCAUAUGAUGGGAGAAAGAGUCUCUACACUGCGGGUCCCCUGCCUUUUGUAUCUAAGGAGUUCAGAAUAACCCUUCUUGAUGAAGAUGAUGGAGCAGGCGGGCCCAGGCGUGAGAGGGAAUUCAAGGUGGUCAUCAAGUUUGCUGCACGUGCUGACUUGCACCAUCUAGGGAUGUUUUUACAGGGUAGGCAAGCUGAUGCACCACAAGAGGCUCUUCAAGUUUUGGACAUUGUUCUGCGUGAACUUCCCACUUCUAGGUAUUGUCCAGUAGGCCGUUCUUUCUAUUCCCCCGAUUUAGGAAGGAGGCAGCCUCUGGGGGAAGGACUUGAAAGCUGGCGUGGUUUCUAUCAGAGUAUCCGCCCCACUCAGAUGGGGUUGUCACUAAAUAUCGAUAUGUCGUCCACUGCUUUCAUUGAGCCGCUCCCUGUAAUAGAUUUUGUGUGCCAACUUCUGAAUAGAGAUGUUUCAGCUAGACCAUUAUCUGAUUCUGACCGUGUUAAGAUCAAAAAAGCACUUAGAGGAGUAAAGGUUGAGGUGACUCAUCGAGGGAACAUGCGAAGGAAAUACAGAAUCUCUGGUUUAACUUCACAAGCAACACGAGAGCUAACAUUCCCGGUUGACGAGAGAGGCACCAUGAAAUCUGUGGUCGAAUACUUUCAAGAAACCUAUGGUUUUGUUAUUCAACAGACCCAAUGGCCUUGCCUGCAAGUUGGAAAUACUCAACGACCGAACUAUUUGCCUAUGGAGGUGUGCAAGAUAGUUGAGGGCCAGAGGUACUCCAAGAGGUUGAAUGAGAGACAGAUUACUGCACUUCUCAAGGUCACUUGCCAGCGUCCUCAGGAAAGAGAGUAUGACAUACUCCAGACUGUACGCCACAAUGCAUAUGCCCAGGACCCUUUUGCUAAGGAGUUCGGCAUCAAAAUUAGUGACAAGUUGGCGCAGGUUGAAGCUCGUGUGUUGCCUCCACCUCGGCUGAAAUAUCAUGAUUCGGGUCGGGAGAAGGACUGUCUUCCUCAGGUUGGGCAGUGGAAUAUGAUGAACAAGGAUUUCAAUCCCGAACCUGUAUUACAAGUUCUGACUGGCCGCCCAGAUCAGGUAGAAAGGGUCCUUAAAGCUCGGUUCCAUGACGUGAUGACAAAAUUGCAACCCCAAAAGAAGGAGCUCGACUUGCUAAUUGUGAUACUUCCGGACAAUAAUGGGUCCCUUUAUGGUGAUCUGAAGCGUAUAUGCGAAACGGAUCUUGGCAUUGUCUCCCAAUGCUGCCUUCAAAAGCAUGUUUAUAAGAUGAGCAAACAGUAUCUGGCAAAUGUAGCACUCAAGAUUAACGUGAAAGUUGGCGGGAGGAAUACUGUGCUGGUUGAUGCAAUCUCUAGGCGUAUACCACUCGUCAGUGAUCGGCCGACUAUCAUUUUUGGUGCUGAUGUCACUCAUCCUCAUCCCGGAGAGGAUUCUAGUCCAUCCAUUGCUGCUGUUGUUGCAUCUCAGGAUUGGCCCGAAAUCACAAAAUAUGCAGGCUUGGUCUGUGCUCAGGCCCAUAGGCAGGAGCUCAUUCAAGACCUCUAUAAAACCUGGCAAGAUCCAGUCAAGGGGACUAUGCACGGUGGCAUGAUAAAGGAGUUGCUUAUUUCAUUCCGUCGGGCUACUGGACAGAAACCUCAGCGAAUUAUUUUCUAUCGUGAUGGUGUGAGUGAAGGGCAGUUCUAUCAAGUUCUGCUUUACGAACUCGAUGCUAUACGCAAGGCAUGCGCCUCGUUGGAGCCGAACUAUCAGCCUACUGUCACUUUUGUUGUGGUUCAAAAGCGUCACCACACGAGACUGUUUGCUAACAACCAUAAAGACAGACAGGCAGUUGAUAGAAGCGGGAAUAUUCUGCCUGGAACUGUCGUAGAUUCAAAAAUCUGCCACCCGACUGAGUUUGAUUUCUACCUGUGCAGUCAUGCGGGGAUACAGGGGACUAGCCGUCCGGCUCAUUACCAUGUGCUGUGGGAUGAAAACAAAUUUUCAGCUGAUGCUCUUCAGAGUCUUACCAAUAACCUCUGCUACACAUAUGCUAGGUGCACCCGCUCUGUUUCAAUCGUGCCUCCUGCAUACUACGCGCAUUUGGCUGCUUUUCGUGCACAUAGAGCCGGAGGCAACAUAGCCCAUCACGCCACGAUUCGGGCCCUUAAGAACGGCAACUGGUUCGAGAAGUUAAAAAUCGAGGGUGUUAUCGGGCUUCAACCGUUUUUCCGUGGCGAGGAGAGGACAGAUUCGGAACUCAGGCUGACACGUGCGCCGAUUACUGAUGUGAAACUCACGGAUGAGUGCUGGAAAAUUUUCUGCCAGAUGGGACCAAUAGGAACCACUGAGCGGCCCAUGCGGCUGGUCGGACUCUGGGGCGGCUGA